CCGCGUUGCAUGAUGGUUAAAUAGCCUGGCCCGGGAGCCCGCCAUUUUCUGUCGGGGUCUGGCGGGAAAAGCGGGAAGCCCACGAAACAGCCGCCGCGGGACGACCAACGGCCGCUACACACCCCCGAGGAAGACAGCCAGGUAACUGGAGGCGCCUCUGCCUCGCGUUUCGCCUCAGGUUUCCUACCUUCUAAGGACCGUCCAGAAUGGCCCGUACCAAGCAGACUGCCCGUAAAUCCACUGGAGGGAAAGCCCCUCGAAAGCAGCUGGCCACUAAAGCUGCUCGGAAAAGUGCACCGUCCACCGGGGGAGUGAAGAAACCCCAUCGCUACAGGCCUGGCACCGUGGCGCUGCGAGAGAUCCGGCGGUACCAGAAAUCCACAGAGUUGCUGAUCCGCAAGUUGCCAUUCCAGCGCCUGGUCCGCGAAAUCGCUCAGGACUUCAAAACAGACCUGCGGUUCCAGAGCGCCGCCAUUGGAGCCCUGCAGGAAGCCAGCGAGGCGUACCUCGUGGGUCUGUUUGAAGACACCAACUUGUGUGCCAUCCACGCCAAGCGGGUCACCAUCAUGCCAAAAGACAUACAGCUGGCCCGCCGCAUCCGUGGAGAGCGGGCCUAAGUCCUCCCCCCCCCCCCCCCCCCCCCCCCCCCCCCCCCCCCCCGUCUCUUUAACAUUUACGGCCCCUCCCUGGGCAAACCCCCACCUUGCUUGUGCAGUGUACUUAGAAUACACUCCAGAUUUUUCUUUUUUAUUAUUAUUAUAUUAUUAUAUUACUAUUAUUUCUCCUAACUCCUGUUUGUAGUGGCUAGGACAUGUGAGGAAAUGUUAGAUUAUUAUCUAUCUAUUGUAGUUACCUCUCCAAAAUCAGGAGACUUGAUUCCUGUUCAUCAUGUACAAGCAAAAACAAACAAACGAGAAAAAAAAACCCUUUGAAAUCUGCAAGACUUCUGGAUGUUGUUUUUUGUAAAACUUUUUUUUUCAGAAUUGCAAAAAAACAAAACAAAAACAUACCCGACAGGGGACAUUUUUUGAAAUAUCUGGUUUUGUACUCACAACGUAGAUGUAGGCAUUUCAACAAUAAGAGCUUUGGGUCUUCAGUUUGUAAAAUAUCUGCAAAGAACACUAUACUUCUUAUUUUCCCUUUCGUUCGCUGGGUCUUUUAUUUGCCUUUGUAUUUAGGCUAGAAGUGCUUUCUAAAUCCUUUUUUCCCUGUUUUCCAUUUGUCUUGUGUCUGUGAUUCUGAUCUUUGUACCAAUAGGGACUCACCUUGAAGCAGUAAGAAAAAAAAUAAUAAAUGUUGAAUGACAACA